AUGAUGGUGGUGAUCCAAAUAAAUGGUGGUAAUGCAUGUAUUUUGAUCCAUGGUGGUGAUGCAGUCAAUAAUGGUGCUGAUGCAUUCAAUGAUGGUGGUGUUGCAGACAAUGUUAAUGUUAAUGAGAUGCAUGUGGAAAAUGAGGUGAUGGAAGGACCGAUUAGAACCCUAUUGAAUAAGCUUAGAAGGAAAAAGUCUGAAAGGAUUAUCAAGUUGAAGCUGGCCAAGCGAGUUGGUGAUGAAGAUUCACCUGGGAAUUCUAAAUCAAAAUCGCUUGCUAUAGAUUAA